ACGAGCCUAAUUUUUCUUCUUCAGAUCUCCGUACAAGUACAUGCACUUAGUCGCUGGACGAUUCGAGCACAAGGGAGCACAAGCAGCAUGCGAAUAACCUGAUCAAGCAGCCAAGCGAGUACUUGACUAAAACGACGACACCGUUCUGCGAGAAGCUCGUGACAAUUGACGUUCCCUACGUCACGGAAGGAAUAAUAAAGAAAAGGCCGACUGUAUGCGCCUCUGCCCUUUUAGAGAGACGCAUGUAUUUUCUCGAAACCUCGACUUUCCUACUACUCGAAUCAAGAUGGCACGAAGCGCCAUCACAGUGCCCGAGAUACAGACGGCGGCGGGCAUGACACCUCGCCCGCUGAAUGUUGUCGUGGCGUCGACUGGAUGUACCGACGCACCAAUCAUCAACAAACUAUUACCUCAACUCGUAUCAUUGCCCGAGUGCUCUGUCAGAGCCGUCCUGGAUCCUGGAGCCCAUGGAGCCGACCUCAUCGCUGCGUCCAGCAACUGUCUUGCCGUACCGAACGUGUCGCGCACCCAACUGAGAUCGAGCGGCGACGUCGUCGAAAUUGAGAAAGAGGCGUUCGACUUGUGUCAAUGGGCUGACCUGCUGGUUCUGGCGCCCAUCGAUGCCAACAACUUGGCCAAGAUGUUGCAUGGAGACACGGACAACCUCGUACUCGAGAUCUUGCGAAGCUGGAACGUUUCCAAGAAGAUCGUCAUGGUACCCGGCAUGUCGAGUCUGAUGUGGGAGAACCCCAUGACGAAAAAGCAGCUCACCAAGAUAAAGAGGAAGUGGAACUGGAUACAAGUCUUGCAGCCCUUGCUAUGGACCUUUGAGAACGACAAGAAGAAAGUGACAUGCUGGGAUGCUCUGGAUGAAGUCGUCGACACAGCUCGGAACCAAGUCGAUCUGAUAAACAUUGGACAUGGUGUUCAUGUGACACCGAACGCCUCAUCAACUUUCAAGACAAGCUCCAAGAAGUCACGUACUGUCUUGCCGCCCGAGUUGUGGUCCAUGAUCAUUGACGCCACUAGUGACUGGGAGCUCGCCAAAACACUACACAUUUAUACAAAUCUCGAGCCACCUGCAGAAUGGCAACAACAUGCCAGUCCUAGAGGUCCGACAACAUAUAUGGAGCAACUGGAAUGGACGCUGCUUACUGGCAACCUGUCUAGUAUCAAGAAGUUUAUCGCUGAUAAUUCUGUCCCACGAUGGCUAUCACGACUUUGCAUCAAGCUCAUCAUGCGUUUUAGUAUGACCUCUGUCCUCUCUUAUCUCGAGUCAAGUCACAAAGAUCUCUUCUGGGCCACCUUCGAUGGCACUUUCCUCCCGGACAAGGCUUCCUCUGUCUUUGGUCGUGUCGAAGUUCUGGAUUACUGGAACACUUCCGCCUGGUUCUUGAACAAGAAAUAUACAGCUGAGACUUUGGAUGGCGCAUCUCGACAAGGUUUCAUUGAUGUCCUGGGCUGGUGGCAGAAAUCCGGUCUCACUCUUGUCUUCACCGAAGCCGCCCUCGAGCAAGCCAGUUCAGCCGGCCACAUCGCCGUCCUGGAGUGGUGGCGCAAUAUUUCUCAACGCCAUCAUCACGCCUCAAGUCCUGACGAUGACACCAAACCAAUCCGCCUAAAGCCCGGCAAGUCAAUCUGCUAUGCAUCACAAUCUGGUAAUGCAGAUGUAGUACGUUGGUGGGUCAACUCGGGUAUUCCUUUCCCUCAUGAGGAUGCUGUCGCCAAACUGGCGAGUACGCAUGGACAUGUGGAAGUGUUGAAAGUCUGGCAUGCAGUCAAGGGCUCUAAAAUGAUCUUUGACAACCAAGUCCUUGUUGGAGCCACAAAGAUGGGACAUGUCAACGUACUCGAAUGGUGGAAGCAGAGUGGAUUGAGAGUAGAGUACAAGACCUGCGAUGUCGAAGAAGCCUUGGAGGAUGGUGUCGAAGGCCCAAAAGGCAUGGAGGUCAGAAAAUGGUGGGCACGCAACGGAUUGAACCUCGGUGUCGGCACUUCCGAGUGGAUGAAGCCCAAAGUGCUUUGAGCGUUUUUCAUCUUUUCGUGACUGGUUUUUUCGGACUUGUAUUUUCUCAUUAGGCGAAUUGGUUUUGCAUUGGUGUUCUCUUUGGACAAAAAGGACAUUCAGGACUUUUCAACUUUAGCAUUUGGAUACCACAACAGGAUUUGGGUGUUCAUUAGGACCUAAUAUCUCGGACUUUUGGGAAUCAAUUGCAUCACGUAGCGUUUUCUUUUCAUGAAUUACUAGAUCAUACUAAAUAUUUCCACCA